AUGUCUACACAAGCACAGGAGAUGGCCACCACGCUCCGCAUGAACAAGGGCCAAUUGGAGAUAGUAGAGCAACAGCUGAGCCAGCUAGAGAGACAGCAGAAAUUCGCACAGGCCACCGCCAAAGAGCUGGAGUCGUACCCUACAGAGACUGUGUGGAGGUCAUGUGGCAGAGCCUUUGUGCUACAGGACAAGGAUUCUUACAUCAAGGACCUGGGAACCGACGAGAAGACCCUCGAAGAGCAGGCCAAGGCACUCAGGAUCAAGAAGAACUACCUGGAUGUCUCGAUCGAAAAGACCGUUGCAGGUCUCAAGAGUAUGAUGAAGUAA